GAGGAGUGGAUGCCCAUUCCUUUCACUAUAAAUACACAGUUGACCAAGAAGGAAGAAAAAUAAGAAAAGUUGUUCCUCUCUCUUUCUACCGGUUCUUGUUUAUAUUUUGCUAUACAUUACUUUUAUUUUAUCAUAUCGUCCUCAUUUUGAGAAAUCCUCCAUAGUUUAGAAACUUCCUUUCUAAAGAUAAAUCAACCCUUUAAAGUUUAUCAGGAACUCUACUUGUUUAUAAGAUCAGAGCCGAAAAAAUGGCAGUCUCUAACAUAGAUGAUUUUGAGGCCAAAGUUCAGAAUAGUUAUGACAAAAUGAGUGAGUUAAAAGCCUUUGAUGAUACAAAGGCUGGUGUCAAAGGGCUUGUUGAUGCUGGAAUCAGUGAAGUGCCUCGAAUAUUCGUUCUACCUCCAAAAAACAGGCCAGAGUCCUUUGAUACAUGUGAAACACAGUUCACUUUUCCAGUGAUAGACCUUGAAGGCAUAGACGAGGACCUAAUCAAGCAUAAAGAGAUUGUUGACAAAGUUCGAGAUGCAUCAGAGACAUGGGGUUUCUUCCAAGUGGUUAAUCAUGGCAUUCCAACAUCCGUCCUGGACGAAGUGCUGCAAGGGACACGACAGUUUUUUGAGCAAGAUAUUGAGGUUAAGAAACAGUAUUACACUAGAGAGAAUGGGAAAAAGGUGAUUUAUGUUAGCAAUUUUGAUUUGUAUAGCCCUACUGUUCCAGCUGCAAGUUGGAGAGACUCACUUUUCUGUUUCAUGGCUCCUAAUCCUCCCAGUCUGGAAGAAUUUCCAACGGCAUGCGGGGAAAUACUAAUGGAUUUCUCUAAGGAUGUGACGAAAUUGGGCAUCUCCUUGCUUGAGUUGUUGUCCGAGGGUCUCGGUCUCAAUCCAUCUCAUCUCAAUGAUAUGGAUUGUGAUAAAGGGCUUAGUGUUUUGGGCAAUUAUUAUCCAGCAUGCCCUCAGCCAGAACUCACCAUGGGCACCAUUCAACAUUCUGAUGGUGAUUUUAUCACAGUGCUUCUACAAGAUCAUAUCGGAGGACUCCAAGUGCUUCACCAGAAUCAAUGGGUUAAUGUUCCUCCUAUACCUGGUGCCCUUGUGGUGAACAUUGGAGAUUUUCUGCAGCUUAUGUCAAAUGACAAGUACAUAAGUGUUGAGCACAGAGUAAUUGCAAAUAAAGUAUCAAGAAUGUCAAUUGCAUGCUUCUUUGGUGAAGGUCCGUUGCAAUCUCCCAAGUCGUAUGCACCAAUUACUGAAUUGUUAUCAGAAGACAAUCCUCCAAAAUAUCGUGCCACCACUGCGAAAGACUACAGUAGUUACGUCCUUAAUAAAGGCCUAGAUGGAACUUCUGCAUUGUUGCAUUACAGGAUCUAAUCAUAAUAAUGUAACAAUUGGAUCAGGUAUUCCUUUUUGUUUUAUCUGUUUAAUUUCUACUUAAUACAACGUGGGGUGACUAUAGUUAAUGAGUCAUGAAAACUCGUUUGAAAUUCCAGAGCUGAAGUUUGUGUAUUUUAUACUUACAAUUUACAAAAUGUUAUUUUUCCCC